AUGAGAAAACAGAGCUACAUUUCAGCGCUUACCUCCGAGUCUAGGGGAAAAGAAAGCGAGUGGGUGAUCCACUCUCAUUGCGCAAGGUACGGUGAAUGUGGGUUCAUCUUCCUCGGGGCCGAACGGGAGAACGAGAUCGAAGCCGACGCUUGCUGCGAAAGCGAGGGGAUCGACAUGCGUAAUACUCGAUCUGCAAGUCUCGGGUCCCACAGUCUUGCUACAUGGCCUGCCGGGGCAGGCAAGGGGAACAUCUGGGCUUGGCCGGGGUGGGGUUUGGCGUCCGAGACUGCUUUCAAAUCUGCGGCGGUUCGCAGCCAUGAGGGAAGACGGAAUAAAGAGGAUCAGAGACGGUUACGUUGCCCGCAGUAG